AUGCAAACAGCCCUUGUGUGCCUGUGCCUAUGCCUGCUCAGCACGACCCUCUCGACUCCUGUGCCACCACCACUGCCUGGGAGAGCUGCUGCCAAGUGUGUGGGACAGCACCAGAUACUGCUGAAAGGCUGCAAUGCCAAGCAUGGCUUCUACGUUUUCAGAUUUAUCUACUCACUUUCAACACGGAGGAACCAGACACAGAUAAAGAAGGAAGAGGCUGACAGGCAGAAUGUCAUCCCUGGCCACCAGCUGGGGGAGGACGAUGGGAGGUGGGAGCUGACGGAGAGUGGGGUGGCCCUGGAGCGAGAUGAUAAUGUCAGAACUGAUGAGACGGAGAACAGAACUGGCCUCAAGCCCGAAAGCAACACUACCCCAGAUGCUGGCACAGAUCCUCACCCAGACUCCAUCACACAUGGUGGUGUUGGCAUUGCAGGUCCCACACUGACCAGCUUGGAGGGAAGCGGUGACCUGGAUUUGGUGGUUGAAGCUGAUGGUGGUGUUUCCACUCCUACCUGGGAUGGACACCCUGGCAAGACCGUGGUGGGGAACAAGUCCAUUGUCAGAAGUGAGGACAGGGAUGAUGGUGCCCCUGGGUGGGUUCCAGUGGAGGGGACCAUGACCACUGGGAGGGAGAGAGCUCCUGCCACUGGAGGGGCUGGGGAUGAGGGCAGUGGUGAGGCCAACAACCUUGGCCAAGGGCAGGGGAGUGUCUUGCAGGGCACAGGGACAGGAGGCUCUGCUCUUGCCUCUGUCACUGAGAAGACAGAGGACGUCCAAGUUGAUGCCAAAGGUAUGGAUGAAUACGCCUACAUUCCUGACUCAGGCAGCAUCACUGUCACCCGUGGGAAGGUGGGCAGCACAGUGGGGACCACAAGCUUUACCCAGAUCUCUCCAGACAAGGACGAUGAGGUCAACAUCUUCAUUGGGAGAGCGAACAUCCACGUGGGGGAGCAAGAAGCCACCCAGGCUGGUGCCACUUCUGGAAGCGAGGAUGAUGGCAUUCCCACUGCAGGAGCCAGCAGCCCCCUGCCCAGGGUGGGCACCACUGUGGCACAGGAUGAUGAUGCUGGCGUCCCUGCUCACAGGCAGCCUGAAGGACUGGCCACCACAGCAACCCCGAGCCAUAGGGACAGCAUCACCAGCCGACCUGGGGGUGGCCAUUCCAUGGGAGAAGAUGAGUAUCACACUACCACCUUUGGUGAUGGAGCAGGACCAACUGCCCAGAGCCCUUGGAGGGUCACUCGUGAUGAUGUUACCAUUCCUGCGGAGGCUGACAUCCAUGGGAAUGGUGAUGAUGAGAUAAGAGGUGAAGGGGAGAGGUUUGAGGGGAGUCCAGGCAGUGUGCCUGUCACCACGUCCCGCCAAGAGGAUGACCAGGAAGCCACUGCCACUGUCCCAGCUGAAGGGGCCAGCAUCCACCUGGGCACCACCGUGGCCUCCCCCAGGGUGAAGGAUGGGAACUGCACCUCUGCCCUGGGGAUGACCAGCAGCUGCAAGGCAGGGCAGAGCGCUGCGAUAGAGAGAGAGGGGAGCCGGGAAGCCGGGCCAACCACCCCCCAGCCGCUCGGGGAGGACCGACCCGGGGGAGCGGGGCUGGACAAGACACCCAGGACGGACAAAGCACCAUUCUCACGCAGGAAACCCGGCAGCCAAGCGUUGAGAGGGGCCCAGACGACGGCUGGCGGUCACAGUGGCGAUGCGGGGGGCAGCUUGCACACCGCUGAGGCGCAGGCGGGGCGGGACAAGGGCAGCGCGGCAGCGCGGCGCGUUCCGGAGCGGAGCCGUGGUGGGGAGGCCGGGGCGGCGGGGGCUGUGGAGAGGGGAGGGCGCGUCCCUGCGCGCCGUGGUAGGAGGCCGGGGGCCGGGGCACCGGGGGCGUUUGCAGCGCUGAGCCGCAGCAGGCAGGUGGACCAGGUGAAGCGGGCCGACGAGCUCCACAUCCGCGAGAGAGCCUUUUACACGCUUGGCGGAGCAGGGGGCGGCCCCCGCAGCCCCUACGCCGGCCCGGGGGGUGCCGACAGCAGUCAGUCCUCCGAGGGGGAGCGGGGCAGCCGCAGCGACAGCCGACAGGUGGGACUGCUGCGGCCCUCGGGGUGGGGAGCCCCGGGGCACCCCCGGGGCCGGUGGAGCCGGGGGACCCUCUGA